ACUCCAACUUUAGUUUGGCAGUGCCGAGGAAACAGUUGCAACUUGCAAUGGCUAACAACGUUGUUGCUGUUGUUAAGGUACCUGCUAUUUCUCUACCUUCAUUACCCUUAACGAGUGAUCCUCUCACUCUCAUCCAUAAGAUUCAGAGCCAAAGACUCACACUUCAUCUGAAUUGCUCCCAAACCAAAAACACAACAACCUCAUUCCCUUCUACCCUCUCAAUCUCAUCAUCACCCCUCACAAACAAAACUAGUUGCUUUGUGUUGGCGUGUCUCCCUCCUGCUUCUUCUGAACCCUCCACCUCAUCUUCCACUGCCAAACCCUCUUCUCUUUCUCAUCCAACUAAGCUUUAUGUUAGUGGGCUAUCAUUUCGUACCACGGAAGAGAGUUUGCGAAAUGCGUUUAAGAAUUUUGGUCAACUUGUGGAAGUCAAGCUGGUGAUGGAUAGAAUCGCAAAUAGACCAAGAGGGUUUGCUUUUCUUCGAUAUGCAACUGAAGAAGAAUCUCAGAAGGCUAUUGAGGGAAUGCAUGGAAAGUUCUUGGAUGGUAGGGUCAUCUUUGUGGAAGUUGCCAGACCGAGAUAAGAGCUAUGCCAAAGGCACAAGGAAGACACCAAAUUAUAAUGAAAAUCCAAAGGAUACAUUAGCCACAUGUUCAUCUUGUUGUGUAAUCUGUAGAAUCGUUGCUGCAUUGUACUUGACACUAUAAAAGACCCCUACUUGAUUAAACAUGUUUCAGGCUUCAGCAAUGGAAUUCAUUUAAGCACCAA